AUGUCAAAGAUUGAAGAGAUCAACGUGCGUGUUAAAGCAUACCUAUACGAUAUUGGCUAUCAUAGAUGGUCUCGGUUAUAUGCUACGGUGAACAGAACGUGGACGAUGACGUCAAAUAUUGCAAAGUCAUUGAAUGCGAUAACAAAAGAUGCAAGAGAGUUGCCCAUAGUAGACCUAUUAGAGUACAUGAGGACUCUUCUUGAAAGUUGGAAUAAUGAAAAGUUAUUGAAAGCAAAGGGUACAUUUACAUACCUUGGGAAAAAAUACAACAAAGAGUUGGAGGACAACAGGACAUUAUCGCAGAAGAUGAGAGUGACGGCUUCAACAGACCACAUCCAUACAGUGCUAGACGGUGUGAAGUGCUUUAUUAUUUGCCUUCAAAAUAAGAGAUGUAGUUGUGGACAGUUCCAGCUUGACGAACUUCCUUGUCCACGUGCUUUGGCGGCCUUGAGGCAUAGGGAUGAGUCUUAUGAAAACUAUUGUUCUCCUUAUUACACGAGGGAGAGUCUUUUGAAGACUUAUGAAACACCAGUAGACCCGCUGCCUGACGAAUUAAAUUAUGCAACCUAG